UUUAUUCUUGCCCUUUAUUGGCCACGCAGCCAGGAGGCGUAAACCAUCACAACCAAUGAAUCGUUGAAACUUCCGUUAACGUAACGUAAAAGGGGCCGUACUGUGCGGGGCUAUACGUAAACUGAGUUUACUCAGGCGCAGUCGUCCUGUUUUCGUCCAAUCCGGAGAGAGGCUGGCUCCUGGCACUUCGUUGUCCCUCCCGCCUUACUCUUACGCUUCCCCGGAGCUAUGGCCCGCCUCUCUGCUGCUGACCAAUGCUCUGCAUUUUCCUUUGCGCGUUUACCCUAUCGGAGACGUAGGGGGUGGAGUUCCGGUCGUAACGCUGUGCUCCUUGACAGACCUCGCGUUUCCUCCCGCGCCGGUUGAGGGCUUGCAGUUGAGCUUGAAGUUAUUUCAGAAGCCAGUGCAACAGACCCAUAGGUAUAUUGAUACUAUCGAUGUAAAAGAUCAUCUGGUAGAAGACCUUGGACUAGGAGCCGCUUCCACCUUUGCAGCCGCAUCUUCCUCAACUGCAGAAUUGAAAUCAAUACCAGACAUGACUACUACCUAGAGUUGUAGACAUUACAUGGUAUCAAAGUGAGAUCUGAAGAAGGUGAUCACCAGGAACACCAACCUCCAGAAAUAAAUUUGUACUGCACUUUGAAUGCUCCUCCUGACAUGGAGAGGAUUGAGGAACAAUUCGCUAACCUGAACAUUGUUAAACGUUCCUCGGGGACUACAGAGCCUACUUACCUGCUGGGUAUAGAUGCAUCAAAAACUGUACAAGCAGAAAAAGAAAGCUUGAUCGCUGUUUUAUGUUCUAACGGAUCAAUCAGAAUCUAUGAUAAAGAGAGGUUAUACAUACUACGAGAAUUUCGUGGCUAUCCUGGACUUCUCAAUGGAGUCAAAUUUGCAAAUUCUUGUGACAAUAUAUAUUCAUCAUGUACUGACGGCACUGUAAAAUGUUGGGAUGCUCGAUUAGCCAGUGAAAAACCUGUCCAGCUGUUCCAGGGUUACCCUUCCAAUAUUUUCAUUAGUUUUGAUAUCAGCUGUAAUGAUCACGUCAUUUGCGCUGGUACAGAAAAAGUUGAUGAUGAUGCAUUGCUGGUAUUUUGGGAUGCAAGAAUUAAUUCUCAGGAUUUGUCUACUUCUAAAGACCCACUUGGAGCAUAUUCAGAGACACACAGUGAUGAUGUCACUCAAGUACGCUUCCAUCCCAGCAAUCCCAACAUGGUGGUCUCUGGUUCAACUGAUGGCCUGGUGAAUGUAUUUGAUAUUAGUAUUGAUAAUGAAGAAGAUGCACUGGUUAUGACCUGUAACUCUGUUUCUUCCGUAAGCUGUAUUGGUUGGUCUGGGAAGGACUAUAAACAGAUUUAUUGCAUGACGCACGAUGAAGGAUUUUGUUGGUGGGAUCUUAAUCAUCUGGAUACUGAUGAACCAAUUACACGUUUGAACAUCCAGGAUGUCAGAGAAGUAAUUAAUGUGAAAGGAGGCAUUUUGGACUAUUUGGUUGGUGGCCUGUAUCACGAAAAAAUGGACAAAUUGUUUGUUGUUGGGGGAACAAACACAGGAAUUAUUCACUUACUGAGCUGUACUACAGCAGGAUUGAUUCAUGUGACCAGCCUUCACGGAGGGCAUGCUGCUACAGUCCGUUCUUUCUGUUGGAAUAUGCAGGAUGAUUCUUUGCUAACCGGAGGGGAAGAUGCACAGUUGUUACUUUGGAAACCUGGAGCAUUAGACAAGACAUUUACAAAGAAAGACAGCAUGAAAAUAGCAUCCUCUGUGUACCAGCGAGUUCGAGUUCACAGUAAUGAUUCUUACAAGAAAAGGAAGAAGCAGUGAUGUGAUGUUGGGAGCUUCCUUGAAAGGUUUUAUAGUCGCAAGUAAUUAUCUUUGUGUUCUACCUGUGAUAGAUCUGUUUAAAGCUCAUAUGUAAAAACAAGCCAGUUAGCAAACAAUCCUGGAAAAACGCUGAAAAUGGUUUAAUUCAGGUCUUCAUGUAUUCUAAAAUUAUUUUUUUUAAAGCUGCCAGUUGAGUAUAUAAUCAGUGAGUUGAAAGUAAAAUUACAUUCCUCAUUUUUAAAACCCAUCUGUUGAGUUAGUAAAUGUUGGGUUUAAGAAAUAGCUUUGAUAAGGACUUUUUAGAAGUAGAUGGCUGAUAUGACUUUAAAAAAUCAGGUGGUUUGAGCUAUAUUUUGUAAGCUCAGUUUUUUACAUUUUAAAUCAUCUUCAUUAUUUAUAAAACCAAAUCAGACUGUUUUCUGUCAGAGCUCCUACUUGCUUAAUACACAUAGAUUAUGUUGGAGUAUUUAAAUGUAAAUAUUCUAAUGAUUCUAAAUAGUACUAAGCUUUUUUAGAAAUAAAGUGAUUUGCAUCUAUUUAAAAAUAUAUAUUUAGUAAAUAUUUGCAUCUAUAUUUUAAAAUGGUUAAAUAGUAAGCAGGUAUUUCAUUGAGGAAAAAGAAAUUAUCUUGCAAAAUUCAUUUUGGGUCCGUGGAAAUACAACAAUGAAAGUAUAAUAGCAGAAUGACUUUUUUAUUUCAAAGUAGUCUAUUAUUUUGUGAUAAAAUUUUCUUUCAUAGUGCUUUAUCCAUAUUUUUAAACAUAAGAGCCCAUGGGGAGUGGGGGCAAGAGUUGGCCGCCAGAGCUUAAAGGGGGACACCACCAUAAUCUAAUUUAAACGUGAAUUUUUGUUUACUGCUAAUUUUUUCAUCUUUCUACGUAUUUUUCCAAGGUAUCCUAAUAAAAAGCUGGUCACUCUAAAGGUUUA